AUGUCCCGAGUCGGAGUGUCUGCGCAUGAACUCGAAGGAAUCCAACGGCUCGACAAAAACCGCCAGCUUGCGACUUAUUUACGCGCUCAACGAGCCAACUCCAAACACUACGCCGCUGAAGGGAAGGCUGUCGUCUCCGCGUGGAGCCCUUUAGCGAUGGAAGACACCGCGAAUAAACGUAAUAUUCCAAGAUCUCCAAGUCCCCAUCCUGAGGUUUCUGCCGUUGGUUUCGACACGCCCGUACUGAAGCCACGAACCAAGCUUAGGAAGAAGGAACCCACAUCACAAGGCGGGAAACGAGAGAAGCAGCAGAAACCAGAAAGACCCAACAUACCUGAAUCACCUUUGGAAAGAGAACGCGCCUCGAAGUCCAAGACAGAUCGAAAGUCGCUUCCGAAGAACUCGACAACUACAAAACGUCCUGCCAUCAGUACGUCUGACGACGAACACGAAGCUCGUCUAACCGAGCGAAGGGAGCGCAAACGUGCCAAGCGAGCAAUCGUCAGAUCGCCAGACCAUCCACCGGACGAAGCCCACGAGGAGGAGGAGCCAAAAAACAAAUCAAAAAGGCCCAAAGCGAAGUCAAAGUCGAAGAAAGAGAAGGCCAUCCCUGGGUUUGCGCUCAUGUAUGGUCUCAACGCUACCAACGUUGGGAGCAAUCGCCUGACAAUGAAGCCACUCAUUAAUAUGGGAGUUUUUAGUAAAGGCAAAGCUUCAGCGAAAACUACAGCUGCGACAACUGCCAAAAAAGGGCAAAGUGCCAAUCUCUUCUCAGAGAUCGCCUUUUUGAACAAAUCAAAGCAGAUCCAUCAACAGGACAAUGAAAACGAGCAUUCUUCUUCCGACGAUGACGAGGAAUCACUACCAAAUGAUCACUCCACCCAUACCGCGAAGCAGCAGCUAGGGAAGAAAGGACUCAAGCCUGGUGUAACUAAGAAGCCUGUGAAGCUCCGCUCGCGGAGCCCAUCUUCCACGUCUUCCAGCUCGGACCUUUCAGGGCAACCGCUUGCUAAAGGUAAAAAGUGUACUAAACGCGCCGAAUCCAUAGUUUGGGACAUCGAAAGAGAAGACGCAUCAACGCUGCCCACCCAUUCACCUACUAGAGACAAGGCAUCGAUUGUCUCUGGGACAAUAAUCGUCAACGCUCGUCGAUUGCAAAAUAUGAACGCCUAUGAAUACUGUAAAUCUAAGCAAACUUCUUCCAUAGAUGUAGACCCCGAAGAACGGACUGCGGAACCAGAUAUUGAUACUGCGAGCGUCUCCCUCCACCCUUCAGACUCGGCCUCUCAAGUUAAGCCCCAGGCGCCUUACCAAAUCAAUACUCCAGUGUCAAGAUUUUUCGCCAUUCAGCCUCUACCUCUUGAUAAUCAUACCUCUCGAAAUAUCGCUAGGACUGGUUCUCCCCUUUCUGGGAAUCCUGCGGACUCUCAAAGACUGGGAGCGGUACCGGGGCCUGCUCCCAUGGAAAUAACUGACGAUAACGAUAUUUCACUCUCCAACUCCAAGGGACAGACUUCUUACGACAAUCUCCCCGUCGAUAUAGCCUUCCCAGAGGUAUACGAUAUUGAACCCUUCGACGUCAAAGCGGUGCACUCUGGUCUGUCUGCGACUCAAGAAAACGCCUUUGGUAACGUACACUUGCGCCCAUCAGUACACCCCUCGGUCCAUUUGGAUUUUUACGAGCAACUUGGCGAGGAGGACUCGCUUCUCUGCGUCGACACGUUAGAAUCUCCUUCGAUCGAAAUCGACGCGGCCGCUACAUUCUACCACAUGGACCCCCACCGCCCAUAUACGAAGGUGCCACUUUGGUGCUCCGAUUUCGACGAGGAAGCUAGCCCUGUAAUUUAUAGUCUGCCCUUGGACUCAGACGAUGAAUUAACAUUCUUGGACUCGGAAAGCAUGUUGUUCAUAGAGCAAUCGUGUCAAGACUAUGAAGAUGCCCACUGGGAAGAAGAAUCAACCACUGAAUACACCGUCUAUGGCCAGGAGUUGCUCGCCGACUUUGAGUUCGACGCGACUCUGGACGAUGACCCAGAAUACGAGCUGGACAUAGCCCCAGGUGGUGGCGACUAUGAUUACGACGACCUUCCCUUUGGCGAGCUCUCCAUCUCAAAUGAUAAUCUGGACAUGGACUGCGAGAUGCUCGACGAGGACGUUUCUGAUCUUUCCUUAGCUCCAACCGAAUCUUCUAUCGCACCACAGAGGUUCUAUCAAGGUCGGGCGCUUCUGCUCGGUUUAUCCGACCCCGGGGUGAUAUCCCCCGUUGUUCUUCGUCGUGAGGCUGGUAGUCGACCUGUAUCAGUGGCUGAAAAGGACGUGGUGCGGGGGCUGAGGGGACAUUGGCAGCCGCAAAGGUUUUAG